CCCCGCCAUAGUGCUUUUGCUUCUGUCAACUCACUCCAUCCAUCCAUCCAGCCAUCUAUCCAUCCAUCCCUAUCCAGCAAACAUGGUCGUCAAGGUUGGAAUCAACGGCUUCGGUCGUAUUGGGCGUAUUGUCUUCCGGAAUGCUAUCGAGCACGGCGAGGUUGACGUCGUUGCGGUCAACGAUCCCUUCAUUGAGACCCACUAUGCUGCCUACAUGCUCAAAUAUGACUCCACGCAUGGCCAGUUCAAGGGCACCAUCGAGGUCAACAGCAACGGCUUGACCGUCAAUGGCAAGGCUGUCACGUUCUACCAAGAGAGAGACCCCGCGAACAUCCCCUGGGGCAAGCACGGCGUGGAAUACGUCGUUGAGUCCACCGGCGUCUUCACCACCACCGAGAAGGCCAGCGCCCACUUGAAAGGCGGUGCCAAGAAGGUCAUCAUCUCCGCCCCCUCUGCAGAUGCCCCCAUGUUCGUCAUGGGCGUCAACGAGAAAACAUACGACCCGAGCGUCAACGUCCUUUCCAAUGCCUCCUGCACCACCAACUGCCUCGCCCCGCUUGCAAAGGUCAUCAAUGACAACUUCGGCCUGACAGAGGGCCUGAUGACGACCAUCCACUCCUACACCGCCACCCAGAAGACCGUCGACGGGCCGUCUUCCAAGGACUGGCGUGGUGGCCGCACCGCUGCUCAGAACAUCAUCCCCAGCAGCACAGGCGCCGCCAAGGCCGUCGGCAAGGUCAUCCCAUCCCUCAACGGCAAGCUCACCGGCAUGUCCAUGCGUGUGCCCACCGCCAACGUCUCCGUCGUUGACUUGACAUGCAAAACCGAGAAACCCGUCACCUACGAUCAGAUCAAGCAGACCAUCAAGAAAGCCUCUGAGGGCGAGCUCAAAGGCAUCCUCGGCUACUCCGAAGACGCUCUCGUCUCCUCUGACUUGAACGGCGACUCCCGCUCCUCCAUUUUCGAUGCGUCCGCUGGCAUCGCCCUCAACGACCACUUCAUCAAGCUCAUCUCCUGGUACGACAAUGAGUGGGGCUACUCCCGUCGCGUCGUCGACCUCAUCGCUUACAUUGCCAAGGUCGACGCCGGCAAAUAGCAAUCAACAGCGAGCAGUAGGGAAAGAAGCGUCCUCUAAUAACAACAGAGAACCAACAGCAUCAUAACGAAACGAAUCCCAUAGGAGGACUUCCCGUACUUACUUACCUCCUUUGAAAUAAGAAAUAAAAAUUGGAGUGAAUUAGAGAUAUCGGGAAAACAAAAAACAAAACAUCUGUCUCUUUUAAUUUUAACUUGUCCCCGUUCUUCCUCUUCUUGUCCCUAGUAUCUGCCCGCGCCCAUGAUUACAAUGUCCACCUCUGUUAAUAAUAUACAAGGGAGUGGAAAAAAAGGAACCCGUCUUAAUAGUAACCAUCUAAAAUUAAAGUGAAUACCAAUAUCUAUUUUCUCUCUCUCUCUCUCUCUCUCCCGCUCUCGUUAUCCUAUUUAGUGUAUUUUGGUCAAAAAUUGUAAUCAAUAUUUAUUCUUCUUUUUCC